UGUUUUUCGGUGGAAUUGGGGAAAUGGGCAGUCCUCCAUACUCUGGCUAUUUCGAUUCGCUUCGAUGAUGUUCAAUUAACGUAAGCGGGCCACACCAUCGACCAAUCGUAUCACUUGGGUCUCCAUCGUUGGAUGGAAUCUGGCGAUUUCCAUUCGAUUUUUUUCGAAUCCGACGUUCUAGACACUCGGUUGGCGACGACUGACUGUCGUUUUCUUUGAAAGCCUUUGAUCUUAUUUAAAGGUAGUAGGAGAUCAGCUGAAUCAGAGCCAUGAAGACGAGACCGUGCAUGGCGUCUAGGUCGAGUUCCAAGACCAACGUGCCGUGUGCUGGGUGCAAGCUGCUACGGAGACGGUGCACCAAGGACUGCAUUUUCGUGCCGCAUUUCCCGUCGACUGAGCCAGAGAAGUUUGCUGGGGUGCACCGGAUCUUCGGUGCUAGUAAUGUCAGCAAGAUGUUGCAGGACAUUCCAGCCCACCACAGAGGAGAUGCUGUUAGUAGCAUGGUUUAUGAAGCUAAUGCAAGGCUCAAGGAUCCAAUCUAUGGUUGUGUUGCAUCCAUUGCUUCUCUUCAGACCCAAGUCUCUCAAUUACAAUCUGAGCUAGCCAUGGCUCUUGCAGAGACCAUGACACUGAGGGCCCAGUUAUCCGAGGCCUUAUCGGCCAUCGCUUGUGCGACCACUCAAACAAUGGAUGUCAUGGAAGACGACACAUGUCGAGCAUCCGUGACACUGGGCCAGGCCUACUCUCAUGAGCCCAUGAUUGAUUUUCCACACCUUGUAGAAUAUUCUAAUAUGUUGUAAGCAAGUAUGGUUGGGCUUUGAAUUGAAUGUAGCUAAGCACUUGUUAACCAAAGGUGUAAGUCUGACUACAUUCUUUUCUGUCAAUCAAACUCAUGUAGUUGAAGAAUUAGUAGCUGAUUUCAUUAGUGUUAUAAAUGCUGUGGUUUUUCAUGGGCUUUCUUUCUUUCUUAAGUGAGUUCCUAUCAUAGUGACAACUCUGGGAAUUUCUGGAGGGAUUUUAAAAUUUGAGGUUUUUCUCAGGAUAUUAUUGGAAAAAUCUUGCCAAAAAAUCAUUUAGAGAAUUUUUAAGUAAAAUUCUUCACUAAUUCAGAUUUUACUAAAUAA